GGAAAGUCGACAGCUGUUCCUAAAUUCGCCGUUUUGUCCUUCUGUGACACAGACGAUCCCGAAAAAUCUUUGCAAGUUUUCUGUAUUACACCAGGAAAUGGAUUCAAGUCGUCAAGAUAACAACUUGAACCUUCAGAAGGACUUCUUGGCCUUUCUGUUUCCGGAAUCUUCCUCUGACCAACAACGAGGCCAUGACUCUCAGCAGAACGAAGUUAUGAACGCAGCUGCUGUGCAUGGUCAACGAUCGAAUUCUGGGAUGCUCAACUUUACCGGAACCGUCAACCCUCCUCCUUUCAAUCAACAAUUAGAUCUUAUGGCUAUGAACAAUCUCAUGUCUAUGCAGGGCAUGGACAGCACGUCACUUCCGGCCUUGCCCAGUUCCACGAGCCUCACCCCUCAGGUCAUUUUUGAACAGCAGUACAAGCUUACUCAGCUGCACCAGCUGCAGCAGCUUCAAAAUCAAAUUCAGAAUCAAAUUUUUCAGCAGCAGGUGAUGUCUUCCACGGAGCUACGCCCUUUGCCCAACCCAGAGUUCAUCGACCGUAUUGGCUCACAAUACUCCAAUCCUCCUCAGGACGUGUACUCGUCGCAUACACUUGACCCUGUUUCCCUUCCCUCUCCCCAUGACGUUUCUGUCUCCCCGCAAUAUCUUCGCGACACGCGCCAUCCAGGUUCUAGCUCUGCACCUGCCAACAUAGUAUUUCAUCACAUGAGCCCUCCCAUACCUCCUCCAGACCUUGACAUCGACAUUUCUCCGUUGACGAGCCCCUGGCUUGAGGCAUACCAUAACCAACGUUCCCCAAAUAAGCGCACGAUAUCACCAAGUGCAGAAGAUGCGGCGCGUGCGGUGCGAAAGCGGGGACCCUCCACGGCUUCCCCGACGCAUGCCAAGAGCGCGACAAAUACCCCUCUUUUACGCUCCACCAAAACUCGCAGGAAUAGCACCAUCAUGGAAACAGAUUCACCGUCACCUGUCGACCUGUCGAUGCCGCCCCCCGCGCCUCCAGGACCUCGCCGAUCUCCUUCCAAUCCUGCAGCACCGAGCACUCCUGAAGCGACAUCGCCAAUGACUCCGGUCACUCCCGCAAGCAUAAUGAAUCUUGGCCGUCUGGGUAUUAGCAGUAGUCUCACUACUGCCGCAGCACCCACAUCCCAGAAAGCUGAUAGGGUGAAAGAACCAGCCAGGGCCAGGAUAGCGCCUGAUAGCAGUGCACCAAACAAAGGACUCAGGAAGGGCACACUGCCGUACAUCAGUCCUGGUCCUAAGCUGAUCUUACCAGCUGGCACGCCAUCAUCCGUAAAUGCGGGCUCUUCUGCACUCUCACCUCCUGUUCCUAAUCGCAAGUCGCACAAGGACGCUGAACAAAAACGUCGUGAUUCGCUGAAGACUGCAUAUGACGAUUUGCGUAUUUUGCUCCCACCAGUUCCGCUGCCUUCCGAUGAGAACUUUCCUGAUGAACCGAUCCUUCCGGGUGCUUUACCCCCCAGAGGACCACCAAAAGCUGGUGGGGAUGGUCCAAAUAAAGCUGUCAGCAAGCUUCAGCUGCUCAGAUGCGGGAACGAUUUUAUUCGAACGCUCAAAGGUCGGGUAGAGCGUCGAGAUAGCGAAAUAGAGAAUCUGAGGAAAGAGGUGUUGAGACUGCGUGCUAUUGCUGGAGAUGCUGCUGGAGAGGAACACAUAGAUCUUGAACGGGAUCUGGAUGCCAUUGAAGCUUAUUCGACUUUCCGCUCAUCGUCACUAGGUGCGGUUGCGGAGGGUGACGAUGCAGACGAUGGUGAAGAGUGAAGGGUAGGCUGCUGGUCUAUGCCAACUGAUUCCCUCGUCAAAAUAUGUAUAGUAUAUAGUUAUUGUUUCUAAACAGAGGUUUAAUCGAGUGGACUAUCGGCUGGAA